CGAGCCUCGCCCAAGAUGUCUGCCGCGGUCGGAGGCAGCGCGGGGCCGUGGCGGUCCCUGCUUCUCGCGUCCUUCGGCCGCGGCACCUGACUUACUGGGCAAAACGCCCGUUCGGUCGGACCCCUCAACCUCCUUGUCCUACUCUUGCUGUGGAGAGGGAGGCUUCAGUGCGAGGUGUCCGAGAUGGAUGCUCGCUUGUGCUACGACAACACGUCAGGAAUGAGCGAAGGCGGGGGAACUGUGGCGCUGCGGCUGUCUUGGAUAAUGAGAGAUUGACAGCAGAGGAAAUGGAUGAAAGGCGACGCCAGAAUGUAGCCUAUGAGUACCUUUGCCAUCUGGAGGAAGCAAAGAGAUGGAUGGAGGCCUGCCUGAAUGAAGAGCUGCCUCCCACAACAGAGCUGGAAGAAGGACUGAGAAAUGGAGUCUACCUGGCCAAACUUGGAAACUUCUUCUCCCCUAAAGUGGUUUCUGUGAAGAAAAUCUAUGAUAGGGAACAGACUCGAUAUAAGGCAACUGGUCUCCACUUCCGGCACACAGAUAAUGUAAUCCAGUGGCUGAAUGCCAUGGAUGAGAUUGGUCUCCCCAAGAUAUUCUACCCAGAAACUACAGAUAUCUAUGAUCGUAAGAACAUGCCACGCUGUAUCUAUUGUAUUCAUGCACUAAGCCUAUACCUGUUCAAACUGGGUCUUGCCCCCCAGAUUCAGGAUUUAUAUGGGAAGGUGGACUUCACAGAGGAGGAAAUCAGUAAUAUGAGGCUUGAACUGGAGAAGUAUGGCAUUCAGAUGCCUGCCUUCAGCAAGAUUGGAGGAAUUCUUGCAAAUGAACUUUCUGUGGAUGAAGCAGCAUUACAUGCUGCUGUCAUUGCCAUUAAUGAAGCAAUCGACCAUCAGGUUCCAGCUGGCACUCUUACGGCAAUGAAGAACCCUAAUGCUAUGCUAAUAAAUCUUGAUGAUCAACUGGAAUACACUUACCAAGACACACUCUACAAAGCAAAGCAAGACAAGAUGAAGAAUGCUAAAAUUAGGAUCGCCUCAGAAAACUUGGAGAGAGAGAGAGAUGUGUAUGAAGAACUCCUGACUCAAGCUGAGAUACAGGGAAACGUCAAUAAAGUGAAUACACAUGCAGCAAUAUCAAAGAUUGACCUAGCUUUGGAACGAGGAGAUGCAUUGGCACUGUAUGAAGCUUUGGCAACACCAGCCCUUGGGCUCCGAGGAUUGCUACGAGAAAAUUGUGACUGGUAUUUCAAGCAGUUUUUGAGUGAUAGACAACAGAAACAGGAGGCUGGCCUUCCAGGUCCUCUGCAGAAGGAAGAGUUGCAAUUGGGAGUGGAUGCUGCUAACAAGGCAGCACAACAAUAUCAGCAAAGGCUGGCAGCGGUAGCCAAAAUUAAUUCUGCUAUUCGAAUGGGUGAUGCUGAGAAGACUGUGGCAGAACUGAUGAAUCCAGAUGCCCAGUUACCAGAGGUUUAUACAUUUGCUGCAGAUCUUUACCAAAGAGAGCUGGCCACCUUGCAGCAACAGAGCCCUGAAGGUAACCUCAUCCAUCCAGAAUUAUCUGUUGCUGUAGAGAUGCUGUCUUCUGUGGCCCUGAUUAAUAGGGCUUUGGAUUCAGGGGAUGUGAAUACAGUGUGGAAACAACUGAGCAGUCCUGUCACAGGGCUUACAAACAUUGAGGAUGAGAACUUUCAGAGAUACAUCGAUGAUUUGAUGAAGCUGAAAGCUCAAACACAUGCAGAAGGAAGUGAAUUUAUCACAUGGAAUGAUAUCCAGUCAUGUAUUGAUCGUGUGAACAUAGUUGUGCAUGAAGAACAUGAAAGGAUUUUGGCCAUUGGUCUUAUCAAUGAAGCUCUGGAUGAAGGGGACACCAGAAAGACUAUUCAGGCAUUACAGAUUCCUGCAGCAAAAUUGGAGGGUGUAACCCCAAAGGUUGCACAGCAUUACCAGGAUACGCUACUUCGAGCCAAGAGAGAGAAAGCACAGGAAACACAGGAUGAAACAGCUGUACUUUGGCUAGAUGAAAUUCAGGAGGGGAUUCAUGGGGCUAACAAGGACACAGAGGAGUCUGAGAGAUUCUCCUUAGGAAUUCUGGCCAUUAAUGAAGCAGUAGGCCAUGGUGAUGUUAGCCAGACUCUCAGUGCCUUGCGUUCACUGGAUGUUGGGCUAUAUGGAGUCACUCCAGAAUGUGCUGAGACGUAUCAGCGAGAGCUGUCAGAAGUCAAGAGAAGAAAAAUGGUAACAGGGGGCAAUGGCAGUGAAUGGGUGAAACACUGGGUGAGAGGAGGCUAUCAUUAUUAUCAUAACCUGCGGACCAAAGAGGGAGGAUGGGAUGAACCAGCAGAAUUUGUGCAAAAUGACACGCAGCUGUCACGGGAGGAGAUACAGAGCACCAUAUCUGGAGUCACUGCGGCAUACAACCGAGAGCAGUUGUGGCUGGCCAAUGAGAACCUGAUAACAAAACUUCAGGCUUGCUGCCGAGGAUACCUUGUUCGCCAGGAAUUCCACUCAAGAAUGAACUUUUUGAAGAAGCAAGUCCCAGCAAUCACUUGCAUUCAGUCCCAGUGGCGUGGCUACAAGCAGAGGAGGGCAUAUCAAAUCCGUUUGGAUUACCUGCGAGCACAAAAGGACCAAGUAGUGAAGAUUCAAUCAAUGACCAGGAUGUAUCAAGCCAGAAGACGUUACAGAGAUCGUCUGCAGUAUUUCAGAAACCAUAUAAAUGAUGUUAUAAAAAUUCAAGCCUUUAUCCGAGCAAAUAAAGCACGAGAAGACUACAAAACCCUCAUUAAUGCUGAAAACCCACCUAUGGCUGUGGUUCGGAAAUUUGUCCACUUGCUUGAUCAGAGCGACCAAGAUUUUCAGGAGGAGCUUGAGCUAAUGAAACUGCGUGAGGAAGUUGUAACCUUGAUCCGAUCCAAUCAGCAACUGGAAAAUGAUCUCAAUCUCAUGGACAUCAAAAUUGGGCUGCUAGUGAAAAACAAAAUUACACUGCAGGAUGUUGUUUCUCAUAGCAAAAAACUUACCAAGAAGAACAAGGAACAGCUCUCUGACAUGAUGAUGUUGAAUAAACAAAGAGGAGGUUUGAAAGCUUUAAGCAAAGAGAAGCGAGAAAAGCUGGAAGCUUAUCAGCAUCUGUUCUACUUACUUCAGACUAACCCAACGUACUUGGCCAAGCUGAUUUUUCAGAUGCCUCAAAAUAAAUCCACAAAGUUCAUGGAUUCUGUCAUCUUCACGCUGUAUAACUAUGCAUCCAAUCAAAGAGAGGAAUAUCUGUUGUUGCGGCUUUUCCAAACAGCAUUGCAGGAAGAGAUCAAAUCAAAAGUAGACCAAAUACAUGAAAUUGUGACUGGGAAUCCUACUGUUAUUAAAAUGGUGGUAAGCUUCAACCGUGGUGCCCGUGGUCAGAAUGCCCUGAGGCAGAUCCUGGCACCAGUUGUGAAGGAAAUCAUCGAUGACAAAUCGCUCAAUAUCAAAACUGAUCCAGUGGAUAUUUACAAGUCUUGGGUUAACCAAAUGGAGUCUCAAACUGGCGAAGCCAGCAAACUGCCGUACGAUGUUACACCUGAACAAGCUCUAAAUCAUGAAGAGGUGAGGAUGCGCCUGGAUGCCUCAAUCAGAAACAUGAGGACAGUGACAGACAAGUUCCUGUCUGCCAUUGUUAUUUCAGUGGACAAAAUCCCUUACGGAAUGCGUUUCAUUGCCAAAGUACUAAAAGACUCCCUGCAUGAGAAGUUUCCUGAUGCUGGCGAGGAUGAGCUUCUGAAGAUCGUUGGCAACUUACUGUAUUACCGCUACAUGAAUCCAGCCAUUGUCGCACCAGAUGCGUUUGACAUCAUCGAUCUUUCAGCUGGAGGUCAGCUGACUACAGAUCAGCGCAGAAACCUUGGUUCCAUUGCGAAGAUGUUGCAGCAUGCUGCAUCCAAUAAGAUGUUCAUGGGAGAUAAUGCACACCUCAGCAUUAUUAAUGAAUACCUGUUGCAGUCAUACCAGAAAUUCAGACGUUUUUUUCAGGCUGCUUGUGAGGUUCCUGAAUUGCAGGAUAAAUUUAAUAUUGAUGAAUAUUCUGACUUGGUGACUCUCACUAAACCAGUUAUUUAUAUUUCUAUUGGUGAAAUCAUCAAUACGCACACUUUGCUCUUAGACCAUCAAGAUGCAAUUGCUCCUGAGCACAAUGAUCCAAUUCACGAGCUGCUGGAUGAUCUCGGAGAGGUUCCUACAAUUGAGUCCUUAAUAGGGGAAGGGUCUGGCAACGUUAAUGACCCCAACAGGGAAAUGCUAGCAAAGACUGAGGUUUCUCUUACACUCACUAAUAAAUUUGAUGUUCCUGGUGAUGAGAAUGCAGAGAUGGAUGUGAGGACUAUUCUGUUAAACACAAAACGUUUAAUUGUUGAUGUAAUCCGCUUCCAACCGGGGGAGACGCUGACUGAAAUCUUGGGAACUCCAGCUACCUCAGAGCAAGAAGCGGAGCAUCAGAGAGCUAUGCAGAAACGGGCCAUUCGUGAAGCUAAAACUCCUGAUAAGAUGAAAAAAUCUGUGUCCGUGAAGGAAGAUGGCAACUUGAAUCUUCAAGGAAAGAAAGAUAAAAUUAAGACAGGCCUGAAGAAAUUGACAGAACAGGGGACAGUGAAUGCUAAAAAUAAAUACCAGCAACUAAUCAAUGACAUUGCAAAGGAUAUCCGAAAUCAGCGUAGAUACCGUCAGAGAAGAAAGGCGGAGCUGGUGAAGCUGCAGCAGACAUACAGUGCCUUGAACUCCAAAGCUACUUUUUAUGGGGAACAAGUGGAUUAUUACAAAAGCUACAUCAAAACCUGCUUGGAUAACCUGGCGAGCAAGGGCAAAGUUUCUAAGAAACCUCGGGAGAUGAAAGGCAAAAACAGUAAAAAGAUUUCUCUAAAAUAUACAGCAGCUCGACUUCAUGAGAAGGGAGUACUUUUAGAGAUUGAGGACCUGCAAGGUAACCAGUUUAAAAAUGUGAUAUUUGAAAUCAGUCCAACAGAAGAAGUAGGAGAUUUUGAGAUAAAAGCAAAAUUCAUGGGGGUACAGAUGGAAACCUUUAUGUUACAUUAUCAGGAUCUUUUGCAGCUGCAGUAUGAAGGCGUUGCAGUCAUGAAGUUAUUUGACAGAGCAAAAGUGAAUGUCAACCUUCUGAUCUUUCUUCUGAAUAAGAAAUUUUAUGGGAAGUAACUGUCCUCUGCCAGCAAGUCUCUGAAAGGGGAGAUGAAUAGAAAUCUGCACGUACAGUUGUAGUGUGACGUAGCUAUGUAUCAGUUUAUGCCCAUGCCAUGCUCAAAUAUAUCAGAUGUAUCAUGAAUGAGGACUAAGAACCUCUUGUGAAUUAACAACCCUCAUUGAGUCUGCAGGGAGUUGGUUUCUUUAACUUUAAAGGUCCCCUGAAAAGUAGUUAAUUUAGAAUGUAUUUUUAUGUGGUGCUGGGGAUUAAACUAAUAAAAGAGUAUACUUAGGGCAUAUGGAUGCUUUAUUUGCCUAAUAACGUGCUUUGUGAGGCUUGAAUUCUUGUUGCCUGGGUGAAGAGAAAGCCAGAACUGUACAGCUGUCGGUUUGCCUCUUCUUGAAAGCGAAAAAGGGUUGUGGAUUGUGUUUGGACAUUAUUCUCAAUGGAAAUGACCAGGUCAAGAAAUGGUCAAGGCCCAGCUUACCCAUUGGCUUGUAACUUGCAGUGGUGGUGGUGGCCAGUUCCCCAGAUGGAACCGCUAUGGUCUGGUGUAUCGUUAAUGGUCCCAAAUGGUCACUGAACUGUUUGUGACUAUUUACUAUAGCCACAUAGAACAACUUUAGUGUCUCUUUUUUCUUGAUUUGUUUCUGGUUUAUCACACUGUAGUAAUUCACGUAUGGCCCCUUAAAGAGAGGGACUGUGGAAUGUACUUACUAGUGCUUACAGAUGAAAAGAAGCCUUCUGGGGAAGGAGAGGGAAACAAAAUUUUUUUUGAGACAUGUUAACUUUUGGUGUUGCUUGCAAAGUAUUUGAAAUGUAAAAAUAACUUUUUUCCAGUUAAGAGCAAUGUUCUAUGUAUCUGUAUCUGAUGCAAUAUGUUAGGCUCUACCUGCAGGCUCGUCUAAGGAAGACGACUAUCUUAAAUAGGUUAGCUUUUAUAAAGUUAAAUUUUUCUAGCUAUGCUCAAGUUCGCAUUCCUUUUACUCCUGUGGUUUUGUUAGGGGGUUUUGUUGGGUUUCUUUCCCCACCAUGGGGGUGGUGAUGCCUGUUCAGCUGUAUCGAGUAAAAAUGCAUGGACUCUUUUCUUGGGAGGAAACACCAGAACAAAACUUGACCUUUAAAUUCAGUAGUUGCUUCAGCUCUCCCCCAAUUUUUUCUUAAGAGUUUUAUUUUUAAAAGAAGGGAUAUAUCUCUUAACUGCAAAUUUCAAGUUAUUCACAGGUCACUAAUGUUGGUUGUUGAGAUUACGGAGUUUAAUUGAACUGCUUUAUCUCUGCUGUACCCUGCGUUAUUUCAGCUAAGAUUUUUUUUUUUCCUCAUUAAAGGCAGUUUUAGUAUUGAAA